UGUGUGGAGACAGAGCUGGAAAGUGUGUGUGAGGAGUAUAGUGGCAGUGUGGACAUGUCACAGUUCACUCUGGGAGCCUGAUCAAGCUGGUGGAUGUGGUAAAGACUUGGUAUUAUGCCUAAAAUGAGGACCCAGUUUGGAGUUUUGUUUUUGUUGACCCUAUGGGUGGUCUACUCUGAUGCUUGGUUCUGGGCCUGGAGUGGUACUACAACUUUGCCCCCAACAGUGGACCAUGAGGGGUCUGGCAGUCCAGCAGGUAGUGGAGAACCACCCUCAGAGAAUAUUGCAAGGGUUGGAGGGGAGAUCAUUGAUGAGGGACAUGGGAUCCCAAAGGUUGUGCAGACUGAGGGACCACGACAGACCACUCUAAUACCUACAACACAACCGGAGACAGCACGGAUUUCAUCACGCAUACAUAAACCUGAAGACAGUGGAGUCUCCCUGCUACAGCUGAUUGGGGAUCCUCCUCCAAACACAGUCACCCAGGUCUUUGGGUCAGACAACAGCCCUGGCUAUGUCUUUGGUCCUGAUGCCAACACGGGCCAGCUGGCACGUGCCCACCUGCCGAGCCCAUUCUACCGAGACUUCGCCCUCAUCUUCAACCUGAAACCCACCACGGACAGGGGUGGUGUCAUCUUCUCCAUCACAGAUGCUGCUCAGCAGAUCAUGUAUGUGGGUGUUAAACUGUCCGCUGUGCAGGGCAGCAACCAGAAUGUCAUCCUGUACUACACUGAGCCCGACUCGCAGCAGUCGUAUGAGGCGGCCAGGUUCCCUGUGCCCUCCAUGAGGGAUACCUGGACUCGUUUUGCUAUUGCUGUGAGGGAUGACAAAGUGAUGUUCUACCUCAACUGUGACAUAGACCCUCAGGUGAUGCGCAUCGAGAGGUCCCCGGACGAGAUGGAGCUGGAGUCUGGUGCUGGGGUCUUUGUCGGGCAAGCUGGAGGAGCUGAUACAGAGAAGUUUCUGGGGGUGAUCGGUGAGCUGAGGGUGGUGGGAGACCCCCGUGCUGCUGAAAGGCACUGUGAAGAGGAUGAAGAUGACUCAGACAUGGCUUCAGGUGAAGGAAGUGGCUAUGUGGAGUCCAGACCCCCAAAACCAGACAUGGAGAGACACAGAUGGACGACGACUCCUCCAUCUUCCAGGCCCAUUCAGCAGCCACCACUGACCAGGAAAGAUGAGCUGUUAAUUGCAAGAGAAACAGCAAGUGACUCCCAGCACAUAUCACUUUCUGAGGAGUCCAGGCCCGGACUUCCUGGGUCACCAGGGGCAGCUGGGGCGAAAGGAGAAAAGGGUGACCGAGGGGAUACAGGAAUGAAAGGAGACAGGGGUCCAAUUGGGCCGAAGGGAGAGGCUGGCUCUGGCUCCAGCUCACGGGGUGGAGCCCGUGGAGAGAAGGGAGAACCAGGGGAAAAGGGAGCAAAGGGCAGUGCAGGCUUUGGCUACCAAGGAAAGAAGGGAGACACCGGCCCACCUGGGCCUGCCGGUCCCCCUGGCCCUCCAGGGCCCGCAACCGAGUUUUCAGUCGGCAGUGACGGCUCAGUCGCCUCCAGAGUCCCCGGACCCCGAGGACCAGCUGGGCCAAAAGGUGCCCCGGGCCCCCAGGGACCACCAGGAACUGAUGGAGAGCCAGGCGACCCUGGUGAGGAUGGAAAAACUGGUCCUGAAGGACCUCCAGGUUUCCCAGGAACCCCUGGUGACCCAGGACUUAAAGGAGAAAAGGGAGACCGUGGAGAGGGUCAACCUGGCCCCAGGGGACCCCCAGGACCCCCGGGACCCCCAGGACCAGGACUCAGAUCUACUUUUGUGGACAUGGAAGGCUCAGGGUUCCCUGAUCUGGAAUCUGUGCAGGGACCACCUGGCCCACCAGGUCCCCCAGGUCUCCCUGGUCCUCCUGGUCCCUCUACAGGAGGAGCAGCAACGAGUUCUGGGGCGUUCGGACCACCAGGAAAGGACGGGGCACCCGGUCAACCUGGCUUGCCUGGUUUGCCAGGUACUGAUGGCCUCCCAGGAGCUGCUGGUCCAAAGGGAGAAAAGGGUGAUUCAGGUGAGCUGGGUCUUCCAGGAGCAGUUGGAGAGAAGGGAUCUCGAGGAGACUCUGGUUUACCUGGAGCUCCAGGACAGCCCGGACUGGCUGGUCUACCUGGACCCAUUGGACCAAUUGGACCUCCUGGGCCUCCUGGACCUCCUGGCCCAAGUUAUCGUGUUGGAUUUGAUGACAUGGAAGGCUCUGGUGGAGGUUUCAGCAAUGGAGUUCCUGGUGUCAGAGGACCAGAAGGAAAACAGGGUCCUCCUGGCUUGCCCGGACUUCCAGGUAAAGCCGGGCUGCCUGGUAUACCAGGUCAGAAGGGCAUGGACGGUCUUGCAGGAACAGAUGGACGACCAGGAUUGGAUGGCUUCCCUGGACCUCAGGGACCAAAGGGUGACAGUGGCAUCAAAGGAGAGAGGGGUGACCCAGGUCGGGAUGGAACCGGACUACCAGGCCCACCCGGCCCUCCUGGACCGCCAGGACAAAUCAUCUACCGGACAUCUGGCGAUUUUGAUGGUGUUGUUGGCGGUGCUGGGCCUCAGGGAGGACCUGGUCUACCUGGUCAAGCUGGAUUCCCUGGUCCUAUAGGACCAAAGGGUGACAGAGGAGACCCCGGCCUUCCAGGCUACGGAGUGAAGGGUGAGAAAGGUGAACCAGGCUUAGUAAUCGGACCUGAUGGAAAUCUUCUGCAUCUGGAAGGACUAACGGGUCUGAAGGGAGACAGAGGACCCGCUGGACCUGUCGGACCCCCUGGUCAGUAUGGGCCUCCUGGAAUAAAGGGUGAAAUUGGAAUGCCUGGAAGACCUGGUCGCCCUGGUGUAAAUGGGUACAAGGGUGAGAAAGGAGACCCAGGAACUGGUUCAGGUUAUGGCUACCCAGGAGUCCCAGGCCAACCAGGACCACCCGGACCACCUGGACCUCCUGGGCCAGUCUUGUCUUUAGAUCGCUUCAAUCGCUAUGAUGAAUCUUCAAGGAAUUACCUAGAACAUAAAGGGGAAAAAGGAGAGCGUGGUGAGCGUGGACUUCCAGGAAUCCCAGGAACAGCCUCUAAUUUUGAUAUUUACGCAUUCAAGAAUGAACUGAAGGGAGAACGUGGGGAAGUAGGUGUGAAGGGAGAAAAGGGAGAGCCUGGUGGUGGAUAUUAUGACCCACGCUUUGGAGGAGUACAAGGCCCACCAGGGUCUCCUGGCAGACCAGGCCUACCGGGUCCAAAGGGAGAAAGUGUAAUGGGCCCCCCCGGACCGCAAGGGCCACCAGGGCCUCCAGGGAUUGGUUACGAUGGGCGUCCAGGCCCUCCAGGACCACCUGGACCUCCAGGACCCCAAGGAUCUUCCUCACUUCCAGGACCAUAUAGGCCCAAUCACUCUGUCACUGUUCCUGGACCGCCUGGUCCUCCUGGUCCACCUGGAAGUCCUGGUCACUCCUCAGGGGUUACAGUUCUGAGGUCGUACGACACAAUGUUAGCGACUGCCAGACGCCAGGCUGAGGGCAGCCUCAUCUACAUCAUUGACAAAGCAGACCUCUAUUUGAGAGUACGCGAUGGACUGCGGCAAGUCAUGCUUGGAGAGUACAGUCCCUUCUUCAGAGAUCUGGAGAACGAGGUGGCAGAGGUCCAGCCUCCACCAGUGAUCCUGUACCCCCAGUCCCAGGACCAGUCCCAAAACAACGGCGCUGGCCAUUACUCACAGGGUGGUACUGCCAUACGACCCAUCGAGCCUCCACCGCAACCACCUGUAGACCCCAGAUACCCCCCACAGUAUGAUCCCAGAUUCCCAGAACCAAGACACACUGGUCAGACAGAUGGAAGAUUAGCCACCCACCAUACUGACAACAGAUACCCCGUAACUCCGCAGCGACGACCCAGCCCACCUGUGCCGCAGCCUGCUGGCCAUGUGCCAUCAGCAUCAGGACUACAUCUCAUCGCCCUGAACGCCCCUCAAACUGGUAACAUGCGAGGAAUCCGCGGGGCAGACUUCCUGUGCUUCCAGCAGGCCCGUGCUGUGGGCCUGAAGGGCACCUUCAGAGCUUUCCUGUCCUCCAAGCUUCAAGACCUUUACACCAUCGUCCGCAGGUCGGACAGGGACAGCUUCCCCAUCGUGAACCUCAAGGACCAAGUGUUGUUCAGCAGUUGGGAGUCUGUCUUUGGAGACGAUGCAAGUAAAAUGAAGGAGAAUGUACCGAUCUACUCCUUCGAUGGCAGAGACAUCCUCAGGGACAGUGCAUGGCCAGAAAAAAUGAUCUGGCAUGGAUCAAGCAACAAAGGCCACCGGCAAACAGACCAUUACUGCGAAACAUGGCGGGCGGGUGACCACGCUGUGACUGGUCUGGCAUCAUCGCUACAGAGCGGCCACCUCCUGCAGCAAUCCUCCAGUAGCUGUUCCGGCUCCUACAUCGUCCUCUGCAUCGAGAACGCCUUCACAUCACACUCCAAAAAAUAAAUACCGUCCACUCUGUUUUUUUUUUUUUGUUUUGUAUUUGUUCUGGGCCCUAGUUAAACACAGUUUGAAUUCCCCGAGAACACGCCUGGUGAACAUGUGGCGUCCAGUGAACUGGCCCUGUGGCUCUUUGCCUGGCAGAGACGCUUUGCAUCGUCUGCUCCUCCCCUCCAUAAACGCCAAAGAGAUGGGUCGAACAGAGGGGGUGUUGUUCCUUUUUCUCGGGGGCAUUGGCACAUAUUCUCUCCAAGGGGCAGAACGAGACCAGAGAAGCUGAAUGAAGCUCUCACAUUGUAUCCAUUUUUUAAAAAUUCUGUAUAUUACAUGUUUGUUGGUUGUGAUUUUUUUUUGUUUAUUGUUUUUGAUGUUAUCAAUGUUUUACUUUUUGAACUGUUUAUAAAAAUGCAUUA